GCAGCAGCAGCAGCAGCAGCAGGGGCUUCCACCAAAGACAAAUCUCAGACUUAAUCCAAGUGUCUGCGAUGCUGCACUUGAGUAAGGGGGAUUUUGUAUGGGUGGACUCCGGUGUCGGCGUGCCAAUCGGGGCGGAGGUCAAGGUGACAGACACUGGACAGUUUCAGCUGCUUGACGAUGAAGGAAAGGUGCACAAGAUCAACAAGAAGACGGAGGGCACCAUCCGGCCCAUGCACCCCACCUCUGUAAAGGGCGUGGAUGACAUGAUAAGGCUCGGUGAUCUCAAUGAAGCAGGGCUCCUCAGGAACCUCCUGGUGCGACACAAGGAAGGCUCCAUCUAUACAUACACAGGCUCCAUUCUGGUCGCAGUCAACCCUUACCAGCUGCUGCCCAUCUACACCACCGACCAUGUGCACAUGUACACAGAUCGACGACUGGGCGAGCAGCCACCACACGUCUUCGCCAUCGCAGACAGCUGUUUUUUCAACAUGCAGCGCAGCCGAAAGAACCAAUGCUGCGUCAUCAGUGGAGAGUCAGGAGCAGGGAAAACUGAGAGCACCAAGCUUAUGCUGCAGUUCCUGGCUGCAGUGAGCGGCCAGCACUCGUGGAUCGAGCAGCAGAUUCUUGAAGCAAACCCCAUCUUGGAGGCUUUUGGUAAUGCCAAAACCAUUCGUAAUGAUAACUCCAGUCGUUUCGGGAAGUACAUUGACAUCAACUUCACAAAGGGCGGGGCCAUCGAAGGGGCCCGCAUUGAGCAGUACCUGCUGGAGAAGUCCCGAGUUUGUCGCCAGGCGCCUGAGGAAAGAAACUACCACAUCUUUUACUACAUGCUGAUGGGGAUGCCCGCUGAGCAGAAGAAGAUUCUUUCCCUUGGGACGGCUGCUGAGUACAACUAUCUGACCAUGGGUAACUGCACCAGCUGUGAAGGACGUGAUGAUGUGAAGGAAUACGCCCACUUCCGCUCCGCUCUGAAGAUCCUCAUGUUCACAGAGAAUGACUCCUGGGAAAUCUCCAAACUGCUCGCUGCUAUCCUUCACCUCGGGAAUGUGGACUUUGAAGGCACCAUAGUAAAUAACCUGGAGGGCUGUGACAUCCUCGCAUCAUCUCAUUUCAACAUGGCCAGCCAACUCUUGGAGGUGGAUCUCAAAGCACUGGAGAGGAGUCUGACUCAGCGUUCCUUCAUGACAGCCAGAGAGAGCGUUACCAAACAUCUGACCUCUGUCCAGGCUGUGGACGGCAGGGACGCCUUCGUCAAGGCUAUUUAUGGAAGACUUUUCCUUUGGGUUGUGGACAAAAUCAACACUGCCGUCUACAAGCCAGCUGAGGACUCCAAAGAUGUCCAGCAGUCGAUUGGCUUGCUCGACAUCUUUGGCUUUGAGAACUUCAACAAGAACAGCUUUGAGCAGCUGUGCAUCAACUAUGCCAACGAGCAGUUGCAGCAGUUCUUCGUCAGACAUGUUUUCAAGCUGGAGCAGGAGGAGUACGCCCGUGAAAACAUUGUUUGGAAGCACAUUGAAUACAAAGACAACCAGGGCACCUUGGACGUAUUGGCCAUCAAACCUCUGAACAUGCUGGCACUUAUUGAUGAGGAGAGCAACUUCCCCAAGGGCACAGACACCACCCUGCUCCAAAAAAUGAAUCAGGUCCAUGGCAAAGGGGACAUCUAUAUUCCCCCCAAGAACAACUACGAGACGCAGUUUGGAAUCAGGCAUUUUGCUGGAGAGGUCUACUACGAUUCAAAAGGUUUCCUCGAGAAAAACCGUGACGCCCUCAGCUCAGAUCUGAUUCAACUGGUGGAGACCUCCACCAAUAAACUCCUCAAGAAGGCGUUUCAUGAUGUGCUGUCCUCCAAUACGAUCAAGAGCAUCGCCAACCCCAGGAUGAUCAUCACUACCGCCAGCAACAGCCUCAGGCAAGCGAAUGAUAACAAGAAGCGCAUGCCAACUCUGACCGGCCAGUUCCGCCAGUCUCUGGAUUCUCUGAUGAAAACACUGACUGUGUGCCAGCCCUACUUCAUACGUUGCAUUAAACCCAAUGACUUCAAGAAGCCCAUGCUGUUUGACAGAGACCUGUGCAUGCGUCAGCUCCGCUACUCCGGUAUGAUGGAGACCAUCAGGAUCCGCAAAGCUGGAUAUCCUGUGCGCUACACAUUCGAGGAGUUUCUGAAUCGCUACCGCGUCCUCCUGAAAACGUCCAUCUGUGAUCCCAAAAUAGAAAGUAAAGAGAAAUGCUGUGAAAGCAUCUGUGAGUCUCUGCUCACCGGAGAGGGCGACUGGAAGACUGGCAAGACGAAGAUCUUCCUCAAGGACUUCCAUGACACCAUGCUCGAACUGGAGCGAAUGAAAGAACUAAAUAAAAAGGCACUUAUGAUCCAGAAAGUCCUGAGAGGCUACAAAUACAGGAGACACUACCUGAGGCAAAGGGCAGCCGCUCUUGUCAUUCAGAAACACUGGAGAGGACACAAAGGCAGAAAGCUGUACAAAGUGGUCCAGCUUGGCUUUGCGAGGCUGCAGGCGAAGGUUCGAUCUCGCCAGCUUCACGUCCAGUAUAAGAGGAAGCGGGAGGCAGCCAUCGUGCUGCAGGCCCGAACCAGAGGGUACCUGGCCAAGAAGGAAUGGAAGCACAAGAGAGAUGCUGUGAUCCUCCUGCAGGCGCAUACCAGGGGUGUGCUGGCACGAAAGAGGGUCAAAAAGAUUAAGACAGAUAUGUACCUCUCUGCUAAAGAGAAAGAAGAAGAGCAGCGCGCCAUUUUGGAGAGACAGAAACACUUGGAGGAAGUGCUGAGGCGGAAGAAAGAGAUGGAGGCCAAAGCUCAGAUGGAGUCCAUCACAGAAGACGAGAUGGUGGACAGCAUCUUUGACUUCCUGCCCAUUGUGGUUGGAGGGCGGGAGGGGCAAGCACCUGUGGGAUUCGAGAAACUUGAGGAGAGAAAGACAGUCAUCGAGGAGAUAGACAUCGACGAUAUCCCGAUGGAGGACGAUCUUCCCAAAGAAGACUACGAUGACCUGGAUGAGUACUCCUUCUCCAAGUUUGCCUCCAUGUACUUCCAGGGUGCAGCCACCCACACCCACAUCCGUCAGAGGCUUCGGCAGCCGCUGCUGUACCACGAAGAUGAAGGAGACGUCCUGGCUUCACUGACAGUGUGGUGGAUCAUCCUGAGGUUCAUGGGAGACCUCCCCGAGCCGAAGAAUCAGCAGGUUCGGGCUAAGGCGACCCCUACACAGGAACGCUUUAUGCCACAGGAGCUGAUCUCCAGAAAGGACAGACGUCUCAGCCACAUGGUUGGCCUGGAUCAGAGGGUGCUGAGGAGUAAAAAAGAAAGGAAGCCUUCCACAAUACCCGAGGAGCCAACACAAAACAAAAGGGGCUCCAUUUUCACAGACCUCCUGACAAGAAAUAGGAAGGCUUCUGCCAUGCCCACUGAGACAAACCCGAAGGUUUACACUGUGCCAGAAGGGGCCCCGCAAGGCAGAAAGGGAUCCAUGUUCACUGACCUACUGUCCAGAAACAGAAAAGCAUCGACCAUUCAAGAAAACGGAAUACCAAGAUCCGCUUCAAACUUCAGGAAACCCUCCAUCAUCAUGGAGGAGUCCGAGGAUCUGACUGAAGUGUCCAAGCCUCCCACCCUGCAGACUGUGAAGGAGGACACUGAAGUCAUGAUCGGAGAAGGACCCACCCUGGAGCGGCCACUGACAUCUCUUGAAAAACUCCACAUUAUUGUGGGAUAUGCCAUUGUCAGACGUGACCUCAGGGAUGAGAUUUACUGUCAGAUCUGCAAGCAGCUUCAGGAUAACAACAAUCGAAACAGCUACUUCCGUGGCUGGAUCCUGCUGUCCCUCUGUCUGGGCGUCUUCCCUCCCAGUGAUCGCUUCAUCAGGUACCUUCAAAGUUUCAUCCGUUUCGCUCCAGGAGGCUACGCUGCCUACUGUGCUGACAGGCUGCGGCGCACAGUGACAAAUGGAGUGCGAGGGGAGCCUCCAGCCUGGCUAGAGCUGCAGGCUACCAAGACAAAAAAGCCCAUGAUUGUGUCGGUGAAGCUGAUGGACGGACGCUCCAUUAACCUGCCUGUCGACUCUGCAUCGACCUCCAAAGAGAUCUGCCAACUCGUCUCGAACAAAAUCAAACUCAAAGACACUUUUGGCUUCUCUGUCUACGUCGCCUUGUAUGAAAAGGUGUGGGCUCUGGGGAGCGGCCGGGAGCACGUGAUGGACGCCAUCUCCCAGUGCGAGCAGGAGGUAAAGAGGAGAGGAGGGCAGGAACAACACGCUCCUUGGCGUCUCUUCUUCCGCAAGGAGGUCUUCACCCCCUGGCAUGACUGCAAUGAGGAUAAGAUCAGCACAGACCUCAUCUACAGACAGAUCAUCCACGGUCUGAAGUUUGGAGAGUACCAGAGUGAGAAGGAGGAUGAUCUUGUUCAGCUGGCUGCAAAACAUUUAUACAUCCAGCACGGCCCAGACUGCAGGCCAGAAAAUGUGAAGGAAGCCGUUCAGGAGUGCAUCAACAGCUCUCUGUUGGAGGCGAAGUCAGAGGCUAAAUGGGUGCAGAUGGUCAGCACUGAUCACGCUGAGGGUUCGUUUCUGAGUUCAAAACAGAAGGCAGAUUCAGUAAAGGCAGAGAUGGUCGACUACGCCCGAGAGAAGUGGCCCAUGUUCUUCUCGAGGUUCUUUGAAGUUGUCAAAAUGUCAGGUCCUCCACUGCCAAAGAACAAGUUCAUCGUGGCCAUAAACUGGACUGGCAUCACUUUCCUGGACGAGCGAGAGAAGAGGCUGCUGGAGCUCUCCUUCCCUGAAGUCACCGGAGUCAACACCGUCAGGGACAGUAAAGCGUCUGGUCAGGUGGUGACCCUGCUGACACUGAAAGGAGACUUCACUCUGAGUGGAAGCACAGCUGAGGACAUGGCAGAGCUGAUCACGAUGUUCCUCAGUGGACUGACAGAGAGAUCUCAGUAUGCUGUGACGCUGAAGGAAGCCGACAGCGAAGAUGACCCCACACUCCUGAACUUUAAGAAAGGAGAGCUCAUUGUAAUAAUCAAAGACGACGAGUUUUCUCAGCAGCGUGGCUGGAUAAAGGGCCAAAACGAGAGCACAAGAAAAACAGGAGCCAUCCCCAUGGAGGCCAUCUUAAUCCUGCCAACACUCAGCAAACCCACCAAUGAGGUCAUGAGGCUCCUCAACUUGUCUCCUAACCAGAGGAAGAACAUCAUACCCAAAGAAACAGGAACUCUACAGAGAUUAGCUCUUGCCACACUGAAAGAAUUCUCCAUUGAGUAUUUCAGGCAGCCCACUAAGGAUGUGAACCGUCAGGUGAUGUCCAGGAAUGCUGCUCCUGAAAGACUGUGGGCAAACUCAAGAGAGCCAAUCAGACAGCCCCUCCUCAAGAAGCUGGUGGGCAAUCCAGAGGUCAGCCACAAAGCCUGUCUGGCCUUCACUGCGAUCCUGAAGUACAUGGGCGAUUACCCCACCAAGCAGAUGCAGAGUCCUCUCGAGCUCACCGACCAGAUCUUCGGCCCCGCUACUCAAAACGAGGCGCUCAGGGAUGAGAUCUACUGUCAGAUCAUGAAGCAGAUGACCAACAAUAACAACAGGUUCAGCAUGGAGCAGGGCUGGCAGCUGCUGUGGCUCUGCUGCGGCCUGUUUCCUCCCAGCCAGUCUCUUCUGAGGCACACUCAGCGUUUCCUGGAGUCGCGCCGCAGAGAGCCCCUCGCCUCUGACUGCCUGCAGCGUCUGCAGAGCUCCCUGAGGAUGGAGCCCAGGAAGCUCCCGCCACACCAGACAGAGGUAGACGCCAUCCAACAGAACAGCACCCAGAUCCUCCACAAAAUCCACUUCCCCAACGACACAGACGAGAUUUUUGAGGUGGGGACAAUCACCAGGAUCAGAGAUCUCAUCCAGAACAUCACCAACAAGCUCAGUCUGACUUCAGCAGACGGCUUCAGCAUUUUCGUCAAAACACAUGACAAGGUUCUCAGUUUGAAUGAAACAGACUACUUCUUCGACAGUCUGAGACAAAUCACAGACUGGUCCAAGAAAGCCAAGAGGAUCAAAGAUGGCGGGCCAGUCAACAUACCCUACCUUGUGUUCUUCAUGAGGAAGUUGUGGUUCAAUGUGGUCCCUGGCAGAGACACAGAGGCCGAUCUUAUCUUCCAUUUCCCUCAGGAGCUACCGAAGUACCUGAGAGGCUAUCAUGUCUGCACCAAAGAGGAAAUGGUCAACAUUGCGGCUCUGCUCCUCAGAAUUAAAAUUGGCAGUGACAAGAGCCAGCUAGUCAUGAUUCCCAAGCUGCUGAAGGAGCUGGUGCCCGGGGACCAACUGAAGGCCAUGUCUGAAAAUGAGUGGAAGAAGAGUAUUGGCGCCUAUUACAACAAACAAGCUGGCAUGACUGUCGAUGAAGCUAGGCUGGCGUUUCUGAAGGUGGUCUACCGCUGGCCGACGUUCGGCUGUGCGUUCUUUGAAGUGAAGCAAACAUCAGAACCAAACUUCCCAGAUAUUGUGAGAAUAGCCAUCAGCAAGCAAGGCCUCACCAUCAUCCACCCUAAAACCAAGGAUGUGCUGGCAAAUCACCCCUUCAACCGCAUUGCUAACUGGUGCAGUGGCAGCACCUACUUUCACAUGACUAUUGGCAGCUUAGUCAAGGGGAGCAAAUUUCUGUGUGAAACCUCACUGGGUUACAAGAUGGAUGACCUUAUAUCCUCCUAUGUCAACAUGUACUCCAGAGAGAGGAGGGCAGCGCAAACCAGGAACCACCGCUUCAACAUCUGAGCCGCAGCAGCACGAGUGCGACGCAACUUGUGCCUGUAGCUGCAGAGUUAAACCCACACAUUCGACAUGUUGUUCAUACACACACACAGAGGCAGUUCUGUUUUUCAAAGUGCAAUCAACUUUAUUUUGGCUCUGUGGGAAAAAAGACGCUGAUUAGUUUAAUCUGCAUCUGGUGAAAUGGUUACAUCAGAUCUUUUAGACAUUAACAUGCACAGGAAGCUUUAUUUUGCAUAUUUCUUUUUUCUGUUAAGUUUGGUGGUACUUGUUUGUGGGUAUGACAAUUCACUCGGGAACAUCAUAAUUUAUUUACAAGACAUCCUACACAUUUGCAAACCUCGUCUUUAUUUGUACUCACUACAAUUGAGACUAAUUUCUCUCCAUAUUAAUCUGCCUGCCUUGAAAGCAUUAAAAGGUGCCCUGUGGUGUUUUCUCGAGAACAAACAAAAGUUAUGGUCGUGAUGGUUAUAAAACACUUGAAAAGCCUUUAAAAAAUUGAAAAAUGCAAAAUUGGCCACGUUUGUUUGCCUGGCAUAGUUAGCACAUUGCUAUGCUUCUUUGUGUGUUAUCGAUACCAACCGAUGGGUGAAACUGACAACAAAAUGUGAACUGUGUGACCCAAAAGCGUGCAUGUGUACAUGUGUAGCCUUGUGCCUGCAAUACAAACAAACCAGGGGUCCACUUGUCAAAACAUUGCUCAGUAGUGCUAAUAGUUGUCAAAAACUCCACAGGGUAACUUUAAAGGGGACCUAUUAUACUGAUUUUUAGAUUCAUACUUGCAUUUUGAAUAAGCCGAAAAAGCCAAAUCAGCUCUGAUUGGUCAGAGAUCCGAAAUUAGGGAGAAAUUAACAACAUCUGCAACCAAGAUUACGUGUUUCCCUGAUGUUAGCAUGUAGCUACAUGUAGCUGUGUACUUGCAACCAGCUAAACAUUGUAACGAAGAAUAGAGGCAAUUUCUACUCUAAAAGAAACACUAAUAAAAGCUUCUAAACACAACCAGACAUGUUCCAGCUGGAAUAUGACUUGAAAUCAGAAAAAAUUAACAACAUUGGCAACCAAGAUGACGUUUUCCUGACGUAAGUACGUAUCCACACGUAACGGUGCACUUGGAACCAGGGAAGGACUGUAAAAAAAAAAUAGAGGCACCUUCUAUGGUGAAAAAAAACCCUAAUAAAACCCUCUAAACAAAACCAGACACGUUCCAGCAGGAAUAUGAUUCAAAAUCAGGGGAAAAAAUAACAACAUUGGCAACCAAGAUUAUGUGUUUCCCUGAUGUUAGCAUGUAGCUACAUGUAGCAGUGUACUUGCAACCAGGGAAGGGCUGUAACGAAAAAUAGAGGCACUUUAAGAACAAAUCACUAAUAAAAGCUUCUAAACAAAACCAGACAUGUUCCAGCAGGAAUAUGAUUCGAAAUCAGGGAAAAAUUUAAGAACAUUCGCAACCAAGAUGACGUUUCCCUGACGUAAGCAUGUAGCUACAUGUAGCGGUGCACUUGGAACCAGGGAAGGUCUAUAAAAAAAAUAGAGGCACCUUCUAUGGUGAAAAAAACCAACCCCUUAUAAAAGCCUCUAAACAAAACCAUUAAUGUUCCAGCUGGAAUAUGAUUUGAAAUCAGGGAAAAAAUGGACAACAUCGGCAACCACGUUGCCUGACGUAAACAUGUAGCUACAUGUAGCGGUGUACUUGGAACCAGGGAAUGACUGUAACAAAGAAUAGAGGCAUUUUCUACUGUAAAAAAAUCUGUAAUAAAAGCUUCUAAACACAACCAGACAUGUUCCAGCAGGAGCAUGAUUUCAAAUCAGGGAAAAAUUUAACAACAUCUGCCACCAAGAUUACAUGUUUCCCUGAUGUUAGCAUGUAGCUACGUGAAGCAGUGUAUGUAACGUGCCUGGAGCAGAUGACCAUAUAAAGAAAUCCAUCACGCUGACAUCAGUUUGUCGUGAAAGUACGAAAAACGUUGGAAACAGAGUAUUCAGAACGGUUUAAAGCCUGAGGUUUUGCUCAUAUGGAUUACCUUACAUUAGGUAAUAAGAAACAUGUUUGAAACUUUGGCCACAUUUGAUAUGAACAUCCGACGUUAUAAUAAAGGUAAAAAGAAAAAUCGUAAUAGGUUCCCUUUCAAUAAAUGUAUAGAAAAUAUUUUAAUUUGCUCACAAUGACUCUG